AUGAAUAAUAAAAAGAAACGAAGUGGAGCAGAGAAUCGAAGUAUUAAGAAAAAAAAAGCAAAUGAAGACGUACAAUUGUCAAAACAAAUGAAAGACUGGUUUUCUAAAGGUUCUGUUUCAGAUGAAAAAUCGGUUGACUUAGUGUCAAACUUGAAAGAAUAUCAAGAAGAUAAAGAAGAAAAUUCCGGUGAUUCAAAUGACUCAUUUCAUAAUAAGCCAAUAUUAGUAGGUGAAGAAAUUGAAACUUGUGUUAGUUCUAUUACAAUAAAAUCAAGUGAAAUAAUUCAGGAUAUUUCAUCCGAUAUUCAUGAACCUACCCCAUCUUCUUCAACUAGUUUUGAAUCAUUUUUUCAACUUAUAAAUUGUAACGAUCCACCUUCUUGGCCCCCAAUUACGGAUAGCGUUAGAGUUUACCUUGUAACGCAAGAACUUGAUCAAGGUAAAGAUGCUGAUUUUAGUAAAUCUAUGUCAGACGAUGGUCGUCGAUUUUCCCCUUAUUGGUUUAAAAAAACUUUACCGAACAAUGAAGUUAUAGACAGAAAUUGGUUGAUUUAUUCUAAAAAUAGUAAAGCCGUAUUCUGUUUUCCAUGCUGUUUAUUUAAAUCAAAUACCUUAAAAACAGCAAGUAUUGCAUGUACAAACGAGGGUUUUUCGGAUUGGAAAAAUAUUAAUCGUAUUUUAGAUCACGAGAAAUCGGCUGAUCAUAGAAAUCAUUUCUUACAAUGGAAAUCUCUUGAAAAUAGGUUGAAAAACUCUCAAUGCAUUGACGAUAAAUUACAAAAGGCGAUUUUGCUAGAAAAAGAUCGAUGGCGUCAUAUACUUCGUAUAAUUUUAGAUGCAAUUUUAUUUUGCACAAAAAAUAAUUUAGCAUUUAGAGGAUCGAGCACAACAGUAGGAAAUAAACAUUCUGCAAAAUAUUUUUCUUUGCUGUUUGACUGCACUCCCGACGUGUCACAUAAUGAACAAAUGGCUGAAGUGAUUCGUUAUGUUGAUAUUGACAAUGGAAAAAUUACAGUUGAAGAAAGUUUUAUAGAUUUCAUAAACACGGAGGAAAAAACUGGGGACGGGUUGGCUAUGGAAAUAUUAACAAAAUUAAAAGCUGAUGAACUUGAUGUACAAAAUCCACAUUCAUUCCAUGCGCUGCUCACUGCCUUAACUUAA